AUGGGUCGCAAAGGUAAGGGUCCAAAGAAUAAUAAACAAAAGCUAGCUCCAGAGAAGGAACGGUUCUUGCAAUGUUGUUCCGAUAUUACUAUUGAGUUGAUCAGUUCUUUAACUGGUGGUUCCAGCAAGGAGGUCAAUUUGAAUGGAUUGAUUACAAGGUACUCUAAAAGGUACAAGUUGAAGCAACAACCAAGGUUGACGGAUAUUAUCAACUCUAUUCCAGAUCAGCAUAAGAAAUAUUUAUUACCCAAGCUUAAGGCUAAACCUGUGAGGACGGCUUCUGGUAUUGCUGUUGUGGCUGUUAUGUGUAAACCACACCGUUGUCCUCAUAUUGCAUACACUGGUAACAUUUGUGUUUAUUGUCCAGGUGGUCCAGAUUCAGAUUUCGAAUAUUCGACACAGUCGUACACGGGGUAUGAACCAACAUCUAUGCGUGCUAUUCGUGCUCGUUAUGAUCCAUACGAACAAGCUCGUGGUAGAAUAGAGCAGUUGAAACAGUUGGGUCAUUCUAUAGACAAGGUUGAGUAUAUUAUCAUGGGUGGUACUUUCAUGUCCUUGCCUAAGGAUUACAGAGAAGAUUUCAUUGUCAAAUUGCAUAAUGCGUUGUCCGGCUUCAAUGGUAAUGAUAUAGAUGAAGCUAUUCAAUACUCUCAACAGUCUUUGACUAAAUGUGUCGGUAUCACUAUCGAAACUAGACCUGACUACUGUACACAGACCCACUUGGAUGAUAUGUUGAAAUAUGGUUGUACGAGAUUGGAAAUUGGUGUUCAAUCUCUAUAUGAAGACGUAGCCAGAGAUACCAAUAGAGGUCAUACUGUUCAAUCGGUUUGCGAAACAUUUGCGGUCGCUAAAGAUGCCGGUUACAAGAUUGUUUCACACAUGAUGCCUGAUUUACCAAAUGUGGGGAUGGAAAGAGAUAUAGAACAAUUCAAAGAAUACUUUGAAAAUCCUGCUUUUAGAACAGAUGGGUUGAAAAUCUAUCCAACUUUGGUCAUCAGAGGUACCGGUCUAUACGAACUUUGGAAAACUGGUAGAUACAAGUCGUAUAACGCGAAUGCUCUCGUGGAUCUAGUCGCACGUAUCAUGGCACUUGUUCCACCUUGGACAAGAAUUUAUCGUGUGCAAAGAGAUAUCCCUAUGCCACUUGUUACAUCUGGUGUCGAUAAUGGUAACCUAAGGGAAUUAGCAUUAGCAAGAAUGAAGGAUUUUGGUACCACAUCAAGAGAUGUCCGUACCAGGGAAGUCGGUAUUCAAGAAGUUCACCAUAAAGUUCAACCUGAUCAAGUUGAACUUAUUCGAAGAGAUUAUUAUGCCAAUGGUGGCUGGGAAACUUUCCUAUCUUAUGAAGAUCCAAAACAAGAUAUUUUGAUUGGUUUAUUGAGAUUAAGAAAGGCUUCAAAGAAAUACACAUAUCGUAAGGAAUUUACUUCACAAAGGACUUCUAUUGUCAGAGAAUUGCACGUGUAUGGUUCUGUUGUUCCGCUACAUUCAAGAGAUCCAAGGAAGUUCCAACAUCAAGGGUUCGGUACGUUAUUAAUGGAAGAGGCUGAAAAGAUUGCUAGGGAAGAACAUGGAUCUGAAAAGAUUUCUGUUAUCUCUGGUGUUGGUGUCAGAAACUAUUACGCAAAGCUUGGAUAUGAACUGGAUGGUCCGUACAUGUCUAAAAGGCUAUAUCAGGAGUGUUAA